CCUCACUCCCUCUCUUCGCCUGCACCGAGCACCAUGCACGGAUCCGUGCGCGGGUCCGUCCUCCUCGUCCUGUGAGCGAGCUGCUCUGGAUGUUUCCUCCCCGAGCGGCUUGAGGGAGAGGAUGCGUCUCCUGCUCUUUGCGACUUUCCUCGCAGCGCUCGUGGACGCAGGAGAUGCUCUUCAGAUCCAGUGUUUCCAGUGUGAGGAGAUGAAGCACAACGACUGCUCCACACCGGAGUUCAUCGUCAACUGCACCGUCAACGUGCAGGACAUGUGUCAGAAGGAGGUUCUGGUCAAACCCGACGGAGUCCACUACAGGAAGUCGUGUGCCUCGUCGGGGGCGUGCCUCAUCGCCUCCUCGGGCUACCAGCAGUUCUGCACCGGGAGGUUGAACUCCGUCUGCAUCUCCUGCUGCAACACGCCGCUCUGCAACGGGCCCAAGAGGAAGCGCCCCGUCCCCUCGGCGGCGGCGGUGCCCCCCCAGAGGAGCGGCCGCCUCCUCCUGACCGUUCUCCUGCUGCCACUGAGCCUCCUCACGUAGACGCUCCCCCCCCCACGUCCACUGUACAGUUCCUCAUAUUCACUUCUGUUAGUUUCCAUCUGUCGCUCUUGCUUUUCCUCCAAAUAUGGUCACUUCUGGUCUUAAAAACCAAGAUGGCGGCAAACACAACGUCAAACUGAGGCUUCAGAGUGAGCCCAGUCCCGGUGGAUUGAUUCCGGAAGAGCCUGAACAGCAUGUUGGUGUAUUUAGCCUCGUACAGAGUGGAUGAACGGUUUAUGUCGUGUGUUUCAUCGCAGGUUCGAGCUGAGGUGACAUCACGACCACGACUCUGCAGAGCUGCAGCUGCGUGAGCGUCCAGAGCGACUCGUCCGUCUGCUGAGGACACGCCUCUUCAUGUCUCUGCUUUCUGUGAAGACGCUGAUCUGAGACAAGCUGUCAAAGGUCGAAGUCACUGUGGAAAAGAAGCUUUUACUUAAUAUAACAGAAGUGAUCUUACAAAGCUAAACUUAUAUUCUUCAUAUUUACGAGGAUGGAGAUUCUUUGAUUUUGAUAAACAAAGUUCUUGAGCUUAUUUCUGCCUAUUUCAGCCUGCCACACAGUACUGAUUGAAGUUUUACUGCAGGGGAUAUGAAGUUAUACUGAAAUACUGCGUUUGAGUUGAUUUUUCCAUACCAUCAGUUUGUUAGUGUCACUAAACUUUCACACGUUAUUCUGUCAAUCAAAGUCAAUUAUAACAGAAUGUGUCAGAAGCUAAAGCACAAAAUCAUCUCUUCAGGGGAAAAUCAGAAGGUUUUAUUUAUUUAGAAUUAAAAAGAAUAAACUGUUGACGUCCAGAUCAGAGCCACUGAUGCAUGAAGCCUCUGCUGAGUACCAUAAAAACACAUGGAUCAUAUUUCCAUAUUUUCAGCAUUUUAGGAAAUGUACACAUUUAAAUUCCAUCUCGAUGAUUUCGGUGCUUUGCCUUCUUCUUUUUGAAUCUGUACAGUCUGAUAUGAAUUCGCUGUGGAGAUGAACUCGAUCUCCUGUAGCUGCACCGAGGCUCCAUCUUGUUUUGAUAUGAUGUGAGAUGAUGAAUGUUGGUCUUCUGUGAAGAGUUUCACUGUCCCGCUGCUCUGU